AUGGCAUCCCAAGGCAGUCCCAUCACUCAGGUUUCCCUGGUCAUUUGGACGGAGCAGGACACAGCUCACGUCUCAGGGAUGAUGGCUUCAGUGGAGGAGGCCAGAGAGCGCCAGUUGGCCCCAGGCCUUUGCACCACACAGCAAGUUUCCUGCUUCUUCAAUUUCACCAGCCCCUCUGGGGUCGUCCUGUCGCCCAACUACCCCGAGGACUACGGCAACCACCUCCACUGCGUCUGGCUCAUCCUGGCCCGGCCUGAGAGCCGCAUCCACCUGGCCUUCAACGACAUCGACGUGGAGCCUCAGUUCGACUUCCUGGUCAUCAAGGAUGGGGCCACCGCCGAGGCCCCAGUGCUGGGCACCUUCUCAGGAAACCAGCUGCCCUCCUCCAUCACCAGCAGCGGCCACGUGGCCCGCCUCGAAUUCCAGACGGAUCACUCCACGGGGAAGAGGGGCUUCAACAUCACCUUCACCACCUUCCGGCACAAUGAGUGCCCGGACCCGGGCAUUCCAGUGAACGGGAAGCGGUUUGGAGACAGCCUCCAGCUGGGCAGUUCCAUCUCCUUCCUGUGUGACGAAGGCUUCCUUGGGACGCAGGGCUCCGAGACCAUCACCUGCAUCCUGAAGGAGGGCAGCGUGGUCUGGAACAGCGCCGUGCUGCGGUGUGAAGCUCCCUGCGGUGGUCAUCUGACUUCGCCGAGUGGCACCAUCCUGUCCCCAGGCUGGCCUGGCUUCUACAAGGAUGCCCUGAGCUGCGCCUGGGUGAUCGAAGCCCAGCCUGGCUACCCCAUCAAAAUCACCUUCGACAGGUGCUUGCAACCAGAGCCUCAGGGGAGGGGUGAGAGGUGA